AUGCCUGCCCCCAUCGCAAAAGGGAUUAUUGUGACUGUCUCCGUCCUGGUGGCAGCCGGAGUCGCUGUCUACCAGUCUCCCCAGUUUCAACAGUGGGUGACCACCUCUCGACGUAAAAUCGCCUUGGCCCUGCACCACCUAGGUGAUGAGAUUCAACCGCGCGACUCGACCUCGCCAGCCCGGGAAGAUAUAUCUAUGACAGAAGAAGUUGGAGAGGCAGCCCAAGAACGCAGACGCAUUGCCAAAGCGGAGAUUAUGCGCCGUGCGACUCUUUUGGGGUCUCGCCGGAAGAGCAAGGACUCUACGCAACAGCUUGGAAGCUUCGACUCUCUCGUAGACGUGGACGGAAACCUUCGCAGUUCGAGUGGCACACCCGGACAGUCGGAUUCUAACCCCGUCGGUCACUCUACUGGGGUGGACACCGGUAGCUCACAGCCUCUUCAUCGAGGAAUGUCCUCCACCGAGGCCGAUAGCCCGCGUAUCGAACAAUGCCAGCUCCAUCUUGACAUUCUUUCAGAGACGACGUCUAACCACCCAUCGGAGUCCAUCAUACAGUUCACACCAACCUCCGAAGUACCAUCUGAACUGCUAUUUGAUCCAUUCGCUGACUCCCCCGUACGAGCACAGACACCCGUGUCUGUCUCGGCAUCCAGCCAUACCGAGGCCAACGACCAGGUUUACUAUGCUCAGCCCGAUUCGCAAUCCAACUUUAGCCAACCCCAAGACUUGCUUACGGAGCUGGACGAUAUCAGACAGGAUAAUCAGUUCCAGCAUCCAGUUUCGUCUGCACCAUCGAUUGCUGGAAGCUAUGGCCAUAUCGAUGGUUUCAAUGAUAUGUCAUCCGAUGGAACCCUGAGUGACCUGGGUGAACACUCAGUAGGUGGUAUCGCAACUCCCGCCAGCUGGUCUGAGGUCGGGAGUGUAGUUAGCAAUGAUGAUGCUGGCCAUCAUCCGCUCUUGUAA